AUGUCAACUACAAUUCUUCCAGAUAUUUAUCGUCAUACCGCAAGAAAAAGUACAAUUUCACGAAAUGUUAAAAUUUCAUCUAAUAAUUUACCUUUAUAUAAUUCAACAUCUAUUGUUGAUAAUAAUAAUAUAAAAGAAGAAAAAAUAAUUUUUGAUCAAAUUCAAUCUGAUUAUAAAUUUGAAAAAAAUAUUCAACAACAAAAACAAUCAUUUCUUAUCUUACCUGAUAAUGAAAUUGAACAAAUGAUUAUUGAACAAACAAAUGAAGAAAUUAUUAAAGAUAUACUUGAACAAAUUCAAAAACAAAUUUCAAAUGAUUAUUUAAAUCAAACAAAUGGAAUACAAAUUAUUUCAACAGAUAUUCAUAAUUGUAUUGAUUCACUUCUCAAUCAUUUUGAUACAAAUAAUAAUGAAUCUAUUUCAACAAUAAAUGAUGUACAAAUGGAAGAUAUAACUAGAAGUUUAACUGAACAAACAUCAAUGGAAAGUGAUCAACAGUCUUCAAUACUUUCACAAUUUGAUAUUAUAGAACCUGAAGAAUCAAUAUCUACUAGUCAUGCACAUUUAUGUACAUGUCAAUGUCAUCAAACAACAUCUAAUUCUGUAAUAAUAAAUCCUACAAAUGAAUAUAUUUUAUUUGAACGUAUUUUACAACAAACACGUCAAGAAGAACAAGAAAAACAAAUAUUAAAUAAUAAUAAUCGUCUAUUACAAACAUUAAAACAUCAACAUCAAGAAUUAAUGAAUUUUUAUCAAAAACAAACCAAUAUAAAUAAAAUCGAUCGUGAACAACAAACGAUUCAUAUAGAUCAACAAGAUUCACAAAUUCAAACUGAUUCAACAACCAUUCAACAACAACAAAAUUCUAAAUCAAAUGUUUAUGUAUAUGUUAAUGGAAUAAAUCCUGUACCAACUCCGAAAAUUUUUCCAACAACAAAUCCACGUCCUUUUAAUACAUUUCUUACUCCAAUUCGAACAACAGGUCCAUCAUUACAACAAUUAAUACCUUGUUUAACAACAACUAAUACAGCUUCAACAAUAACAUUAACAAAUAAAACAUCAAUAAUUAAAAAAAUAACAUCAAUUCCAAUAAUAAAUUCUCAUCCUCCUCCACCACCACCACCACCACCACUACCACCACCACCACUUGUUACAUCUUCAUUAUCAUCAACUUCGCAUGAUAUUGUUGAUUUAACAGAAGAAGAUGAUGAUCAUACAAAUAAAAUAUCAACAGAAAAAAUUUCAUCUACUGCACCAGAACAAAAUCCAAUAUCUGCACCUACGACUAUUCGUAAUCAACCAACAAAUCGUCCAAUUCGUCCAAAUACUACUAUUCCACUUGGACAGGCAUUUCUUUCACGUCCAUUACCUGAACAUAAUUCAUGUGAUAAUACUAUAGCUCGACCUCAAUUAAGUAUAACACAUGAUAAUACAAUAGUUCGAUUAACUUGGAAUUUACCUUCAACACCAAUGGAAUCUAUACAGAAUUAUGAAAUCUAUGCAUAUAAACAAAAUGUAACAACAACAUCAUCGGAUUGGAAAAAAAUUGGAACAGUUAAAUCAAUGCGUUUACCAAUGGCAGUUACUCUAAAAGAAUUUCAAUGUAAUUGUCAUUAUGCAUUUGCUGUUCGAGCAAUAUCAAUUAAUAAUAAUACUGGUCCUUUUUGUGAACCAAAAACAAUAUUUACAGGAAAUAUACCUAUUGAACCUCUUAAUACAAGUCAAAUACUUAAUCUAUCAUUAUAA